GAGGAAGAUGAGCAACCAUCAUAGGUUCAAACUAUCCCAUCUCAUGCCAAACUCAUGGUUCUACAAGCUGAGGGACAUGAAGAGACCAAGGCCACGGUCAACAAGCCAAAGAAACAUCGAAAUAACAAGGACCUCCAAGAGAUCAAGCCACUACUACCAUGGAACCACAACUCCAAAGCCUCUUCCAUUAUCGCCACAAAGAUCCUACCACUACAUGAACACAAAGCACAUGUCACUUGAGAAGCUACGCCCCUCCGCUCUCCAUCUUAAUCCAAAGGCAUCAGACAUCCCAUUCCCUAUAGACCAUCACCGCCAUCACCAACAUCAUCAUCAUCACUCGCCAGCAUCGACGGCAAGUGCCAUCGUCAUUGAUAAAGCCAACCACGAGUUUCAAGAAUUGCAGCUACGUCCAAUUCGCACCAGGCCAGCGCCUACCCACGGAUCAACAAGUGGUACGUGCCCGAGUUCACCGAGGCUGAGGAGUAGAAGGGUACAUGCUCUCACUGAUGGUAGGGUCAGCACUACUAGAGCUAGCGGUCACCGGAGAAGUGCCGCGAGGAGGAGCUUUGCCGUCGUGAAGGCAUCGAUGGACCCGCCCAGCGACUUCAGAGAGAGCAUGAUGGAGAUGAUCAUUGAGAACAACAUGCACACGCCGGAGGAUAUGCAGGAACUUCUUGAGUGCUACUUGUCGCUGAACUCCAGGGAGUACCAUGGAGUUAUCAUGGAGGUGUUCGGGGGAAUUUGGCUAGAGAUUGCUAAAGACAUUGUUGAGGAUGAGGUUAUGUGAUGUGACAACCGGCAGUCUCGGAGAUCAAUCUGUAAAUUAAGCGCCAAUGGGCUGUAUAUGCCUGUGAAUUUGUAAAUAAAUGCA